UUCGCAACCAUAGAUUUGACUUUAAAAAAUGUCACAAUAAACGCUGUUCCGGCAGCGUUCGAUUUGACAGAAAGCGACAGAACGCAACUCCGUUUCCCGCGCGUCACUCGCGUUCGGUAUUUUUUAUUUUACACACGUUUGUCGCGCCUCGUCGUCCCAGUCCACGUUGACGUGUUCUCGUCGCGCGAGAAGAUUUUUUCUCGAUUUCGGAUCAUCGUCGUCAGCUCGUGACACAACGCGCGGGAUGUCGAAUUGCGCGAUCGAGAGAAUUUUACGAGAAACUCGUGCAAUUCUUCGCGAAACGCGUCCCGCGAACGAUCGUUCGCGCGCGAACAUCUUUAUUCCCACGGGGUGUUCUCUGUGUUGACACACACAAACGCACGUCAUAGUGCGUAUGCACGCGUCCAGGGUUAUGUUAUUAUAGUUUUUGGUCUCUCACAAAUGUGUGUUAUAUGUGUGUAUACGAUAUUCAAUAAAUAGACAGACGACAAUGUGACCUUUGGUCAACAAUUGUGCGUGCGAGCUAUUUUCCCUUUCGCCUCCGCGUCGGAGUCGCGCUCUCGCGUUGUAUCGCAAUGAUUUAUUUUGCGCGCAACGUGACAGAGACAAACGUGCCACGAACUCGUGAGUGAUUUUAAUACACAACACACAAUGGUAGAUUGAUAGAAACGUUUGCGAGUGAAGUUCGUCAUGGCGGGUGGAAGAAAUGAAGAAAGAACCGUUUUGGAAGCAGAGACUGUCUACUUAUUGAUGAAGAAAGGUUUUCCAAUUUCUCGCAAUGUGAGGGCUCAAUGGUUGCUGGAGCAUUUGGACUCUGUGAUAAGCAUUCAGUGUCCAAACGCAAAGAUAAAGGAGGAACCGGAACUGGAAAUUGUAUCAGUACUGCCAAAAGAUAAACCCGCUGCUUGGUCCAUAGACACUAGCUAUCAAUUUCUUUAUAAAGUUGUUACCACAACUUCAAUUAUAUUUCUGGCACACAAGUAUAGAAUGGUCUUCAACUUAGACUUAAGUCCGUCGCUUGCCACUGUUGAUGUACAAAAUGGAGAGGUUGUCAUUGAUGAAGUGUACUUGGCAACAAAACAGUGUCUUGAAGGUAUAACUAAACCAUUCACAAUACCAGGCAGCACACGUGUGAUGCAACCUGAAAUUUAUGUGACUGUGAUAGCUCACACGCCAUUCUUUACAAGCCCGGCGCAACAAGUACUGGUGCAAGGAUGGUUGCUUACUGCGAAUAACGUGAACUCGCUCACGGAGCACAUAGAGAAGCAGUUGUAUAUGUUAGAGGAGAGAGUGGCGACUGUUACGGCAAUAGCUAAUCAGCAGUUGGAAAAUUUAAGGGCGGAGAGCGAACGUUUGGUAGGGAGACUGUUUGAGGAAAGUAGCACGUGUUUAAACAAAAACAGUUGUAAUGUAUCCAUAGUUUCGCCGGAAGCUAGUUUUGUAAAUAUGUUGAGAUACGGAAUGCUGGCUCUGACGCUCUUACCUGAGCACAGCUGUGCACAUAUGAUAAUAGUCACCGAUGGUAUCGUCGGGAUCAAAAACGCUCACACAUUGGAUUCCAUUAUACAGCAACUACGCGCAACGACGGUCGCGUGUAGUUUUUUACGCGUGGGCAGCGGAUACGAUCCGCAUUGCGCGGACGGUUUAGUGCCAUAUGAGGAUCUGUUGUAUUUUAUCGCCGCCGCCACGCUCGGUAGUUACAUGUUCUACAGUAGUCACAUGUCUUACGUUAUACCCGCGCCGGGAACAGAUGUGAAUCUUUAUCACAAGAAUUUUUUAUUCUGGCAAUUAUAUCGAGAUAUAUUUAAUGACGAUAUGGCCGAACGUCACUCUUGGCGAACUGAAAAUAAAUGGUUUCACGGUCACAAAACCGGUCAACUUUUGAAGAAAAAACAAAUCGACGACAAAGUCACUUGUACGCUGAGCAGUUUGUUAUGCUGUCGCUUGCGAGAAGGAUACUUGAUAAAAAGAGUUAGUAUACGCGACGACAUUCUCGAAAUAAUUUUUGUGCUGCUGUGGAAAACAAAUGUCUUUUUGGAAUAUUUGAUAACAUGUCCGUGGUCUUCAAAAUCAUUGUCCGUGUCCAACACAAUACAAUACACGAUUACCAUAGAAGCGCCUUACGAAUUUUUAUAUGACAUUAUGUGCUUAACGAAAAAGCCAUUGCACUCGCAUUAUCGUCAAGGUGUCAUUUCUCGUUUUUGGACGGCAAUAACGGCAUUAACCGAAAGCGACAAUAUGCUCGCGCACUUCAGUUGGUUCCCGGGAUCCGGAUGGACUUGGUACAGUGUGCCGGACACCAUCAGGAGCGGGAUGCCAGUGUUUUACUUGUCGUCUUAUCCAUCACCAAGUACAGUACAACUUAGCGACGCUGCCUGUCCGCAGUUUGGACAAAUAUGGCAACCAGUUGUUUCUCUCGAUCCACUUCAAUGGGCGCGUUGGAUGCACACUCAGAGGAUCACAUUAAUUCUGGCUUAUGACAGACCGUUGCCGAGACAUCUUCAUCAAGCGAAUCAGAGCGGUCGUUUUCAAUGUGUUCAAAGUCGGCAAGCGGCCGCCGUGUUGUAUGCCAUGCUGAAGAACUGGGCGACCUUCGUUCUAGUCGAGAAUCACACAUACGUCCAGUUCAUAUACAGAGAGGCGGACAAACCACCGGUCUCGUUCUCACUAAUUCGUAUUAAUUGCAAAGCGUUGUGCGUGGUGCUAAAUAUAGCGUUCGCUGGCGGUACCGAGGGUGUCGUGCGUCAUAACGUAGUUAUGGAUCUCGUGGAAAGACUGUCCAAGUUAACAUUGCCGAAUAGACCCACCGAGCAACGCGAGACUCCGUGUUGCACGAUAAUACACAAACCACUUGAGAGAAUUCUCGUGAGAUACGAGCGCAUACCGAACAAUCUGAGCAUGGUGGUGUUCCCCGACGGAACUCAACCGACCUGCACUAGGGUUGCGCUGGGACUGCUAGGAGGUAGUUUGACAACAACUCUGUCCAGAUACUUGUAUCACAAACGAUGGUUGUGGCACGUAAAACGACCGUUUGUUCAGACUAUUCCGGGUAUCACUUUGCCCCGUUUGAACAUCACUGCGAUCGCAAGAAUACUCUCGACAAUUACGAAAAUUCGUUUGAGGGAAGGCUUCAAUUUUGCGUAUUCGGCAUCUGGAAUUACAAAUAUGGUGUUGGAAGUGCAGGACUUCGAGAACAGUAAAAAUUCUUAUCCAUGUAUUAUACAGUAUGUUUUGUUUCCGCCGCACGUUGUGCCGCAGUGCGUUAACGCAACUUUGGAACGCACUGACAGCGGUACUGAUGAUGAUACGGAAGAAGGCAUUGUUGAGGCGGAAGUAUGGUCCGAGGAUUCCGAGGGUUACAGCGAUUUUCAGAUUGUUACGGAGGUAUGGAUCGAACCUCAAUGUAGUUACGUACAAAUGCCCGCACAAUCCACUGCCACGAACAUGUCUCCUUUGAAGUAUCAUCAAUUGCCAAACGCAAUUGCCCGAAUAGACGAGGAAUGUAUUAACGCUCUGUUGACCUUAGAGUAUUUGAGUCUUUUGAGCCAAGUGACACCGGCGGAAAAAGAUGCCGAGAUUGUGUACGGGCAGGCGCAACAAGGUGUCAGAUAUCACGGCGUUGUAGGUGUCUCUAUGGAUCGUGACUCGGAAUAUCCGAACCCAACCGGACCGUUCGAAGCGACGCCGAUCAUCGAUGAGAGGAUAAAUCCUAUGUACUUUUCGUUCGACACCUUGAGCAUUUUGCCGAAGUGCCAGCAGGCGGAACUCUUGUUCUCUAUGUUCGCUGAUGAUUCGAUGCAUGUGGAUGAGGAUAGAGACAGUCCGAAUAAAAUUCUCAUGGAAAACUUUUUGGUGCAUAUGAAGCAGUUGCAUAAUAAGGAAUUAUUGCUUACAUCAGCGGAAUCGCAAAAUUUUACCAAAAUGCUUUUUAACAGGCGACGCGAAAACGGACCGCCAUUACCUUUCUUUGCUCAACGAGAAAAAAAUAAUCAAGAUGAUGCGUCGGAUAUUUAUCCAAGAUGGAAGUGUUUCGUUAAAGGAGUCAGCACGACACACGUUAUUAUUACAAUAUUACCCGCAACCGAGAAAGAUGUUCGUUUGAUAACGUACGCGAGCGACAAUUGCACAAGCAACAAUUCCGAGAAAAAUUGCAAUUCGGACAUUUUCGAUUUUGAUAUGAACGAAAAAGCAUCGUCUCCGACCAUGUAUCCGAAGGACGCGAAUAUGUCUGACUUUCUGACGUUGGAACGCCGUGGAUCGAAAAUGUCCACUCAAUCCACCACCGCGAACAGCACAACGAAAGUUAACAUGGAACAUAAUUUCGACAAUGACGGGGGUCUUGUCAUACCUGUAUACGUAUACGAUUGUUCGCUAGCGAUUUUAAUUGACGUAUUAGUUAGCCAAUUGCGAACACCUCAGAAUUACGACAGAGACAUUUAUCAGGAUCAUACCUUCAAAAUCGGCGAGAAAAUCACCGAGGACUUCAUCAGUCUCAAGUCGGAAGGCAACACAAAGCCUUCGUCCCCGGAACCAAAAAGCGAAGAUUCCGACAAUGUCUCAAGCGAUCAACGAAGCUUGAUGGAACAUUGCAAACUGUUGAGCUUAGCGCAUUGCCAUUGCUACGUGGUCGCGGUUUAUAAAUCAUUAGCGCUGCAACAGUCGUUAAGUUACGAAGAUAUGGAAGCCGCCGUGGCACAGUGCGAGGAAAAUUUGAUCGAAAUCAAUAUUACGAAUUAUUUGCGAUCGGUGUGCAGACACUUGAACACGUUGCCGGAAGGCAAAUUGCUCGAUCAGUUGAACAUCUCUGCGUGCAACGACGUCAAACCUUUACACAGUUUGAUCAAGGAUAAAUUCAAAAGAAUCAUGGCGGCCGCGUUUAGACCCGUACCAGCUCAUCCGGAAUUCUAUUACUGUUUGCCAUCGUGGAUGUCGGAAAAACUGGAAGUGGUGUCAGAAAGAACAGACAGCGAUGAUGACGAUGAUGUUGACGACGACGACAUUAACGACGAAGACGAGUUCACAUGUCAUUCCGAAAUACCGGUCUUAAAGACAGAUACUUCUUCCGUAAGUCAAGCUGUCAAUGUUACAUGGCCGGCCACGAAUCUUCACAACAACAACGGCAAGCUGUCUCGUCGUAAUUUCUCUCUCACGAGCGAUUUCGAGGAAGAAAACACGUGGAACGUGAAGGAUCAACCGCUCUUCUUGCAUCUGAGCUGCUCGAUUCGCUUUCGCUCCGAGCUCUGUAGCAUACCCGUCAAACUGAUGCCCACGUGUUUCACCGAGAUUAUUCAGAGAAUAGACGACGACAUAGACAGGAAUCUCUCCGAAUUGAGUCUAGAUGAUCUCAAAGUCACUUUGGACAUCAUUUGUCUAAAUCUCCCGAGAGAGGUGUUGGAAGUGUCGUUGGAACGCUAUCCUUCCCUGAGAACAACGUCGUACUGCAGCGCCUCGACCGUUGGUAGCGUGGCGAGUGACGGCAGUCCGACGGCAAAUGCGAAGACCGAGCCUGAAAAAAUGCCGCAACCGCUUCAACAUCAUGCGGUGAUCAGUUUGAGAAAUGAGAUCGAGUGGCUGCUGCGGGACGAAACUACGACGGCGCUUCUAGAUCAUUCAUUGCCGAACGCGGAUGUAUUGCGAUUCGUGGCGCAGCACGUGUCGAAUUCCAUCGGGAAAUCCAGUUGCUUGACGGAUAAAGUGCCUUUACAUUUUGUCUUCUCGCCGGAAAGCAGCGUUCCCAAAUUCCUGAAGGAACUUAAAUGUCUUGAGAUUAAUAAUUACUGCAUUUGUCAAGAGGCUGAUUUAUUUUACGUUGUUAAGAAACCAGAAACGAUAACGUCUGACGUCGAGGCGGACACAUUUCAAGUGGACGUGGAGGAACCACGUUUAAAAGAAGGCGACAAUGUUGAAAAUGUCGAGCAAGAGGAAACGUCGAGCACCGCAAUUCAGAUCAACGGACAACAAGAAUCCGGAGACGCUCCGGGUUAUCACUCCGAGAUUUCGAGUUUGGCCGAAGGUAAACACGGAACGGAUGACGGUUACGAGGGCGACAGCAGCAAUUCCGACGAUGAUUAUCAGUGGUUGAUAGAACUCGAUAAACGUAGAAAUCGUUUGCCUAAUUUCUGGUUAAUUCUGAACGUUGAAAAUACUCACGUUAACGUCUACUUUCAUUGCAGAUUCUUGGAACUUUCUUCACCGGAAGUGGACUGUUAUCUUCAAAUUCAAAAGCAACUGCUCGUUCAGAUCAAAGCUAUAUGUAGGCGGGUGAAUCAGUAUUUACUUCUGCAAAAUCUUCACGAUACUCGUAUGUGCGAUCCUCUGUUGGAACCGGAGUCCACUGAGGAUCAUACCAAUACCUGGAGAGGAGAAACCAGCAGCGAGUCUGGAAAUUCACUUCCGAAUCACAGUUCCUCGACUUCAAACGUUACACCGGGCAUGUUCAGGUGUCCUGUAAUUUGGGAGGAACCUUUCAAUCUGCAUCCUCGCUUGAAAACCGGACCCGGAAGAUCCGGACUGUCGAGGGGAAUCAAAGCGCUGCAUGGCGUACUUAACAGGCUCUCCGUUAAUAAUCGAGACAAUAUGUUUGUAUAUCAGGAAAACAACGAGAACGUGUUUUACUUGCGACUUCACGAACAAACGUGCGACGGAAAGCCCUUGCAAAAUAAAUUGUCCGAGAGCGAUGAGAAGUUGGUCGUUUCGCGCAGCAACAGCGUCGCGUCUUUGUCGCAGGCCAAAAGCAUCGGUCCGAUGAACGAUCACACGACAAUGAACAACACUCGGCCGAGAGUCCGUUCGUUCGGCGAAAAAGAGUCCGAUGUUCUGAACAAAUCCGGCUCGUUCGGCGAUUCUAUCAUCCUUAUGGUACACGGAAUAUCGGAGGCUGGUCCGGAAGUCAAACGGGAUCUGGUACAAGUGUUGCAAAAUCGUCUCGAUGACGCGGUGCUUGAAGUACUGUCGGUCAUGUUGGCGCGCAAUCCGAUGUGCAAACUAACACCGGCUGAUGUGCACUUCAUACAAAAACCGUACAAGUUCCCCGAGUGUAUAGUGCAGCUGUCCGUGCAGCCGCAUUGUUUAUCGCACAUAGAUGCUUUAGGAUAUUACUUGAGGCAAAAUAUACUCCAGUUUUUGUACACGCCAAAGUACACGGAUCUCGGUGCUCCCUAUCACUUUCAGGAUUACUCUCCACUGGAUAGCAACAGAAAGAGAGUAUCCGAAUCCGAUAUCUUUUUGUACAAUCAAAGCCACUCGAGCGGUAGCAAAGGCAUAGCUUGCAUCGCUCUGGCCAUUACCGACGGCAAGGAGGAAUCUGUAACAUCCUCGAAUGAUGCGAACAACGAGUCGAGCUUGUCCGAAUUGUUGAAGGUUGAGAAUUUCGAGAAAAUCGUGUCGACUGUCGUUUACGAUAGUAAAAGUAAUUCUAAGCCAAAGGCAGAAAUGUUGAUCGAAUUUCGAAUUUGGAAACAAGGCAGAGUGAAUCUGGAAUCCUUGAUCACGAAGUUGUCGUCCGCUGUGAAACACGGCACUUGGGACUUGGUUACGGAAUAUAAUCUUCUGGCAACUCCUUUGACAGAACCGCUAAUUGUCAAUUCGUCACCGGUCAUUGACGAGAUCGCGGAAGAAAACAAGGAACCACAAACACCCGUGAAGUCACAGCCGCAAAACAACGACGACUUGUCGUUGAAUCAGUACGAACUUGGCGAACAGGGAAAAUUGAACGAGAUUUAUCACACCACUUUGGCACGAUGGUUUCAAUUUGCGUUGGAAAUGAGCGUUCCUGCGGUCAAGAAGCACGAAGUGGUUAUUCAUCACAGACAUCCAAUCCCCAUAAUCGUGAGAGAGCUACAGAAUAUCAUACGUUGUCAGGAUCCAGACACGUCCAGUAAAGCUUUUGUCUUGCAAGAUCGACAACCAUUUGUGAAUCAAUUUGUUUUGCGCAAAGCUGGAUCAGUUCCUAAAUGGUCUGAAAGUUCUUGGAACAGCUCCGGUCAGCCGAUGGGUCAAUCGACGAGUCAAGAAGAUGCGACAUCACCUGUGUACGUGCCGCACGAGUUCAACAAGGACGAGCAAACAACUUACAUCAAAUGUAUAUUAGUCGCGAGGAACUUCCAUCAGUGGAAGGCAUCCAUAAGCAAAGAAACAGAUCCAGUGUUGCUUGCUCCUAAAGAUCAAAAACAAUUGCAAAAAUUUAAUCCCUUUAUAUCGGAUUCGAACUUCGUACCUAGGCAAAGAAUACUGUUGGCGGAAAUAUGGAGUGAUAACAUAAUAAUUUACAUGUACAAUUGGUCUAAAGAAAAAUCGGAAAAGUUAAUCAAACAGGCAACAAGUUUGAGCACGUGGCUGUCGUCGAGAUCUAGUCUGUUCACCAAUAUAAUCAUGCAGAAGUUGGGUAUAUUUCAUCACAAACUCAAUCGGGAACCUCAGCAGAGAGAGCACAGUUCUUCACAGUUUUAUCAGAUCACCGAUAUGGAAAGUCUCGCGAAAUUUCCGAGUCAGUCGAACACCGACAGCAAGGACUGGACGCGAUCGAGCAACCGGGCGCACUCGAUGAAAAACACCGCGUUCUCGUGGGCUCAAGUGGUCGGACAGGCGAUGCGCGAUGCGAAACCGAGUGCUUCGCAUUCUCACAACACCACGGACGCGAUCGUAAAGGCCGCUUGCGACCUGCAGGAUUUACGACAUCGAGAGAAGAGAAUAAAAGACGAUCUGGAGGAAUUGUACGCAAUGUGGCAGAGUCGCACGUCCAACAUACCGAUGAGCGCUUUGAACACGUUCAAGCGGCACUCUCGUCUGAUACAUUUCUGUCACACGCCUCUUCUCUUCUUGCCGUCCUGGCGUUUGCAAUCCGCUGCGACGAGAGAUCAUUCAUUGACGCCGUCGCAGAUGUCUCAUUUCAACUUGAACAGCAACGCGCAUCAACAACCACUGCAGCUAAUUCAGUCGAAGCAAGAAUCAACGAACGCGAUUAUGAUAAAGUGGCAUCAGGAACUUUGCAAAUCUAUAUUAUCGGAAUACAAACAGUAUCUGCAGACCUUGGGCUUCAACCCGAUUCAAGUGGAAUCACAAAAAAAAGACGAGCAGCAGCAAUCUUAUUAUCUCAAGAAAUCGAUGUUGGGCGGUAUUUUAUUGUUUGAAAUUCACUUGUCACAACCGUUCUUCACGGUCAAGUUACACGUCAUCGAGUGUAACCGUUUGCAGACAAAGACGAGCAGCGGUAUGAUGAAUCAGUUUGUGCUGAGUUUUGUGGACGUUUGCGACAAGAUUCGAAUCAAUAUGCAUCUGCAUUCUUUUACGUACGACUUCCACUUGCGGUGCAUUCAUUCGUACAUCGCCGGAACCGGACUGUGGUCGUUGCAACAAGGAUAUCAUCUCACUCACUUCAUGGACGACUUCAUCAAAUAUUACAGCAAGGCGCCGAAUUACGCUAGGAAUCUUAUAUACAGCGAUGUAAUAACGUUACACAAUAUAGCGAUACCCGCGCGCACGCUGUACUCGUACUUGCUCUCGCACGAGAAGGUGUACGGCAUGCGUGUGUUCGUAAUGUCCGGAGAGCUUCAGGAGUCUCACGAUAACGAAUACGUUUUGAUUAAGCUGCAGAGCACUCCCUUGGUUAGUUAUUACGACGCUCACGACACCAGAUAUAUCGACGACUUCGACGUGGCGCUGAUAGUGUCGCGCAUCGAACAACCGCCUCAAGUAGAAAAAACCGAGAUUACUUUGAAAUAUUAUUUGAUGUUGACAAGUAAGAGGGAAUUGUAUCCGAAGAAGGAGGUGGAGAACAACAAGUUGGGCAAGUUCAGGACCGUGUACAGUGUGGGAAAGUCCACAAGCAGCUCGAACGCGGAGAGUCCGAUGGAUUCCAGUCCCGUGUCGUCGAUACCGCCGUUUGUUAGGGGUAAUUCCAGAACGGAAAUAUCGAACGCUGAUUGUCAAAACAAAAAUCUCGACUCGAACGGCGCGACCAAAGAUACCGACGUUAAAUCCACGAGCUACAAUAUUCACAACAAUCUAGCGCCAACACCUCCACCGGUUCCGAAUUCUCCCCUAACGCAAAAUUCUAUUUCAAACGCGAUCUCAAACGCGUCGUCGUCAUCGCCGCAUCUGAUGCAAAUUCGUCAGGAAUCGGUCAACUAUCUGGGCUACUAUUCGUCCCACGAACAGCUUAUGCAGGAAAUGAUCAUGUCUCAGGCGCAGACAGCUCGUCAGCACAUAAAGAACAUGGUGGAGCGCGGUGCGUUGCAGUGCCGAACGCAUUUGCUUUGGGAUAAGUUACUGGAGAACAAAACCUCAAUGACGUAUGCCGAGUUCAAAGAACUUUGUUCGCUGGCUCACAUCGAACCUUUAUCGAAUCUGGAUCCCAGACUCGGUCCGCUCGUCAAUCAGCCGGUCUCGUGGUAUCAGGCGCUGUCCAAGGUGUUGCAAAAUAAAUAUCAGGAGCAUCACAAGCAAUUUAUUACCUCUGAUGGGAACAUCACCCAUCAUCUCAUACUACAUCCAACUCUUCUCCAAGCGUUCAUGAUGUUGACUAUCGAUCUGCAUACGUCGAGAGGCGAUUUGUGCGCCGUUUAUCGAAAAUCAACCGAGAUCAACGUGUCGAUGAACAUGGAUGAGAUUUACACUCUGGUUGAAGGUUUUGUGAAUGCUUGUUGCUUCCACCUGUGGAUGGGUCUUUGCAGCCAGUGAUAACAUUCCAAACGUACGACAUUGCGCACGUUACUCUUUUGUUGAUGUUCUUCAUUGUGUACUUACAAAAAUUGAUAAUAUGCAAUGGCGGUCAUAUUUAUCAAAUAACCCUUCCUUGUGCGAGUGACUCACAAAUCUCUCCCUCCCUCCUCUUUCUCUCUCAUAACAGUGUUUUACUCUAUGUAUCAUACAUAUUAUCACACUUGUGUAAUUUGUAAAUAUGAAAUAUAUAUUUUCAUGUUUUACAUACAUUAAUUCUCAUAUAGUUAAUCGAACAAUAAUUUAUUGAGUAAUACAUAAAAAUUAUUGAACUCUAUAUUUAAAAGACUAAAAAUAUUAUUGUAUAACAUUACGCAUUAUCGAUAUAUCUGUCUCAGGAAACUCUGAAGUUAGUAAUCAAGAACUCUGUGCAAUAACAAAAGAAAAAAAAAAAAAAAAAGAAGAAAAAC